AUGCCCACGGACAAGGCGGGCUGGAAGGCUGAAGACCUGGAGACGACAAGCAUCCCAUCGCUACGCUUGUCUCUUGGUAGCGGUUGCCUUCGAUCCUUGUCGCUGCGACUCCGUCUCAGUCUAGUCGGUGGCCAUAGCACUGGGCUAUUUCCAUGUACUUGCAAAUUACGCCAGUGCAGCUUGAGCGCCGAGCGGAAACCCGAGGCCUUCUAUACUUCUCAUGCUCUGGGUCAUGACUCAACGAGGUGUUUGCUCCCGGUAGAAAGAGCUCGCGUCGGCGUUCAUCUAGCUCGUGAAGAUACGGUGGAGAAGAAGCUGAAUGAGACGGAAAUGAACGGAUUCCUCGUGAUAAAGGCAUCUGAAGUACCGGGCCGUUUAUGGCUGUCCAUAAUAUUUCUCCUCAUGCGCCCUCUACGCGCGCGCUUCAAGGGCAGUCUUCUAGAGAUGUUGCAUGGCGCCUGCACAAUGUACGGCAUCUUGGUCACCGGACCCAUAGAACGCUGA